AUGGGGUUCUGCGAACGCUGUGCGGGUCUGACUCUGGACGAGUUCUUUGACCGCCCCAUCUUCUUCCACCCCGACCUCGCCACGCUGAAAUCCAAAGCUGACGCCGGAUGCCCAUUUUGUUCCUUGUGCUGGGUCUCAAUUCUCAGGACUGCCAACAAGGAUCGAAUAGAGAAGCUCCUCCGAGGAGAGUCCGCUUGGGACGAGGGCCAGAGAUGGACCCCCAAAAUGUGGCUCAUGGGCGGUCACUUUCACACCCGUGGCAGGCACGGGGCGUUUAUCCAGAUCUGCUGUGGGAAGCCAACGCAGGUCGUGGGAGGCGAGCAGGAGGAGGAUUCCAAUCCCGCCGACAGCGUGUCGGCGAGGCUCGAGGCCUACGAACUGCCUGGACAGCAGUCCACGUACCGGCUUCUGGGACGGCGCAGCACCGCCGUCUGGGAUCCGGAGUUGCGUACCCGCCUCAUCCAGGGAUGGCUGUACGCCUGUCGCAAGAACCACCCCAAAUGCAAGGCCGCCAAUGACACUGCCGCGAUGCCCACGCGAGUCAUCGAUGUCGGCAGCCCAGACGGCCCAUCAGCACUGCGCCUCGUCCCGACGCAGGGCAUCCGCGAGCCAUACAUUGCCUUGUCCUACUGCUGGGGUGUGACGGCCGACGACAUCCUGACCCUCACUCCCAAGACGUAUGCGUCCAUGAUGCAAGGCAUCACGGAGUCGGAUCUCGCGCAGGCGCACCGUGACACGAUAUCUCUGGCGCGGGCGCUGGGUAUACGAUAUAUAUGGAUCGACGCGCUGUGCAUCAUACAAGGAGAUGAAGCGGACUGGACCAAAGAGUCCAAGAGCAUGGCGCAAGUAUACGGCAACGCUGCACUGACCGUCGUCGCCGGGCGCUCCGCAGACGCAAGGAACGGCUAUGUUGACAACUUUGUCGACUCCUCAGUAGAGAGAUCUCUACCGCCAUGCCGACUGCCUGUCGGAGGACCACCCUCUGACACGGGCUCUGACGGCGGCUUCGUGAUGGUCAGUCUGCCUCGCUCGACUGACCUCGGCCCCGUCGUGACACGGGCGUGGUGCUGCCAGGAGAGGACAUGCUGCCGCCGUGCCAUCAUGUUUGGGACCGAGCAGCUCAUCUUCGAAUGCGAGACCGAGCGCGUCUACGAGAACGGGCUCAUCAAGGAGAACCCCGCGCCGCGGUUCGCCUUUGAGCAGCAGCAGCAACAGCCCUCGUCACUCCCGCCCGCGCAGCCCGCUGAGUUGCAGGACGCGCGCGAAGUCACCCUGCGCAAGUGGUACAACUUCAUAUACGGCUACACGGCGUGCCACCUGUCCAACCCGCACGACAUCUUCGCCGCCAUCGCCGCCAUCGCCCAGCAGGCCGCGCGGGGCCUCGACUCGCGAUACCUGGCCGGCAUAUGGGAGUGCGACAUGCUGCGUGGCCUGCUCUGGAAGCCGUGCUACCACCACGAGGUGUCUACGAACGGAAAGAUCCUGACCACGCGGCCGAAGCCCACGCGGCUCACCGGCCCUGCGACCAAAGGCCCCAUCGUGCGCGCCCCGUCGUGGUCCUGGGCCGCCGUCGAGGGCCCCGUCUCGCAGGAGAGUAACACGCCGCCCAACAUUGCGCGGUUCAGGGACCCGUCUUAUGCGAGGGUGCGGCCUGUGCGUGCGAACCCGGCGUGGUGGACGCGCGAGGAGGACGACGAGCGGUGCGGGCCGGACAAGCUGCGCGUCCCAGCUCUAGAGCUUCUCCUCAUCGGCCAUCUGGCCGCGGUGCGGGUGUCCCUCCCCAGGGAUGACGCCCCGCGUGUAAUCGACUAUAUCACCCAGACGUACCCGAGGCGGCGCCACCCGCUGCAGCGACUGCACGUAGAAGGGCUGCUGCUAUUCGGAGCCGGAGAGACUACCCGACUGGAUGGCGAUGAUCCGUGGGGCCACGUCGUGGGAAUUGGCCUCUUCGACGUGCGUGAGGAGAGAGAAAAGGUCGGCGUCGUAUACUGCCUGCCCCUCGUCCAGAACAAAGGGCUGCUGCUGGAGAAGAGCGAGGAUGGCGCCCGGUUCAGUCGGCUGGGGUGGUUCUACGUCGAAAAGGAGGCCUGGUUCUCGAACCACGUGGAGACGGAGAUCUGCCUGUGUUGA